UCUCUCUCCCUCUGAGCUUGCCUUAUUUCCUCUCUCUCUCUCUCUCUCUCUCUCUCUCUCCAGCUCAACGAGAAGGUAUUAGGAAGGUAUCGGGAUUCAGGAGUAGCUCUCUUUCUACAGUGCUUCUCCUUUUUUUUUUUUUUUUUCAUCCUUGGCAAAGCAAAGGCCCUCACUCAUCCUCCAUUUCUGAUCCUGUUAGUUGUUUGAGGAGAAAGUUCUGUUGGGGGGCUCCUAGAAAGAUAAAAUGCUGUUGGUAUUGGAUGCUGAGCAAUGGAAUUGUUCAAUUUGAUAUAUUUCUAAUUUUCUCCCAGUCCUCUGAUGGCCUCAAAAACCAGUGCUCGGACGUCUCCUGCACGGCAACAGAAGCCCUGUAACAUUCAAAGAGUAGAGGUAGAUGAGCUGAAGCCUUUACCUUCAAAGGUUUCAAAGACUGUCAAAGCUGAGCCUGUUGUUCCGGAACAGAUACCCAGAUUGGUAGAAAAUGCACCAAAAAAGGUUGUAGGAGCUUCUGAAAGUAAAAAGUUACCAAAUUCUUACAAAAAAGGGUCUGAUGACUCUUCAUUGAAUAAAUUUGACUCGACCUUUCUAUUGGCUGCCCUUGAGCAAGCAUCAAAUGAAGUGGAUUCUUCAGUUAAAGAGAUUAGAGGUUCACAAGAUAUUUCUGUUGAUCAAGAAAAGAAAACUUCAGAGUAUGGAAGUGUGAAGAACAGUUCAGUGUCUGCCAAAGUUAGUGAUGGAACCAGCAGCCUUGCCAAGACUAGUGGAAGUGCCAAGAUUAGUGAUCGUCUUGACUAUGUUGAGAGUGGCAAGAGCAGCAUGUGUAGAGGAAGCACUAGUAGUGACGUGAGUGAUGAGAGCACUUGUAGCAGCUUUAGUAGCAGUAUUAACAAACCUCAUAAAGCCAAUGACAUAAGGUGGGAAGCCAUCCAGGCUGUCAGAGCUAGAGAUGGGGUUCUUGGUUUAAGUCACUUCAGGCUUCUGAAGAGGUUGGGCUGUGGGGAUAUUGGAAGUGUGUAUCUCUCAGAGUUGAGUGGAACAAAAUGUUACUUUGCAAUGAAGGUAAUGGAUAAAGCUUCUUUAGCGAGCCGUAAGAAGCUGCUUCGGGCCCAGACAGAAAGAGAGAUAUUGCAGUCUUUGGAUCAUCCCUUCCUUCCAACACUCUACACCCACUUUGAGACAGAGAAGUUCUCCUGUUUGGUGAUGGAAUUCUGUCCUGGAGGAGACCUGCAUACCCUUAGGCAAAGACAGCCAGGGAAGCAUUUUCCUGAGCAGGCAGUGAAGUAUGAUAAACUUUUAUAUAAUACGCGGUUCUCUUUAUUUUAUUUGUUGUGUGUGCUUGUCACUUCCUUUAAUGUUGUGGGUCAGCCACUUCGUUUUCCAGAAUCACCAGUAGUCAGUUUUGCAGCUAGGGAUCUUAUUAGGGGUUUGCUUGUAAAAGAACCACAGCACAGGUUGGCAUAUAAAAGAGGGGCAACUGAGAUUAAACAACACCCGUUCUUUGAAGGUGUGAAUUGGGCAUUGAUCCGCUGCGCUACUCCACCUGAGAUUCCGAAGCCUGUUGAGAUUGAACGGGUACCAGCCCCAACAGCAUCAUCGAGUGAGAAGACUGCUGCUGCUGCUGUUGCUGCUGCCGCUCCUGCAGCGGUCCCACAUGAUCACAAAGGUUCUGAUAAUUAUCUGGAAUUUGAUUUCUUUUAGUAAUAGUUGGUGUUUGAUUGCAGAUCUGCAAAUUGUUUUAUUUAAGGGAGGAAUUAUUCUGAACAUCCAAGGGGUUGUUGGGGAGGAGAGGAUAAAAAGUUUUUCUCUUUGAUAGAUGUUGAUGAUGAGGAAUUUGUAUGUUUGUUGUCACCUUGUUUUUAACAGUUUUAAAUGUGUAAUGCAUAAUCCUUGAUCUCAUCUCAAUAGCACAUGUGAAUCAGAAA